AUGUUAAAUAUAUUCUUAAAUAAAUAUAAGUUUGCAUUUACUUAUCCAUGUCCUAGGAAAUUGAGAGAAAUCGUGAAAAUGUCUCUAUUUGAAAGGGAAUCAAAAGAUUAAGUUGUUUCAUUGUGGAUGGAGUAUCAUAAAGAAAAAUAAAAUAAUGUUGCUUAUGUUGUAAGCAAGGAUGAAUACGAAAUACUCAAGAGAAAUAUAAAGGAAUCUCCAUUGUUUUUAUUGCCUAUCAAAAGAAAAGGAGGACAUUUCUAAUUGAUUGGAUAAUCAUAAACUAAUAGCAUAGUAAGGAUAACUCAUAUUCUAGUUAUUUACUUUUUUAGAAGAAUAUAAAAAAUCUGGGUCUUUUUCCUCUCCUUAUUUUAUAUUAACUAUAUUUGAGGAGUUGCUAGCAUAAAAACAAGUAGCCUUGAUAAGAGGAGAUAUCAUGGAUUAUAAAAUAGAUAAAGAUGAGGCUACUUUUUUAACCAAUCAGUUUCUUAAAUUUUAUAUGACACCUGAACUUUAUGAAAAGUACAUUUAUACACUGAAUCAUAAAUAACAAGAAUUCAUUUAUGAUGAUUUUAAGAAUCAUUUUUAAAUAUGA